AUGGUUGGGCUGGUAUUGGUGGCGCUCCUCUCUUUAUCGACAAGCGCGUCUGCGUUUGGCUUUCUAAACCCCCACCGGCUGCUUUCAAAGCGCGCGUUGCCCGCCAACAGCGAUGGAUUCGUUAUCCCACUCUCUACAGACGCUCAAGGUCGUUAUGUUGCUUCCAUUGGCAUGGGAAAUCAAGGAAAGGGUGCCCCGAUACAAAACUUUACAUUCAUGAUCUCAACUUCGACCUCGUUGACUGCUGUCGCUGGUACCAAGUGCCCCAGUUGCAUUUCUCAGAUCGGCACGUCUUCCCUAUACAACGCCUCAAUAUCACAGACCCAGGUCGCCCUUAAUGGCUCGAAUACAAUCACCAUAGGAGGCAACGCCAUCAAGGGGGACAGAAUCUCCGAAGCGUGUGGACUAAAGACGGAAAAUGGCUCUCUCUGGUGGUAUCAAGAUCAAACCGGCAAGUCUAUCUUUACACUGCUCGUCGUCGCAGACGAGUCGAAUGGCAUCUUUGGCAAUGGUGCUUCAGGAUUACUAGGUCUAGGUCGUCGAGCAGGCAAUGAUUCCUUCAUCGAGACCGUGUUCCGCAACUACCGCGGCUGGCAAAACUUUACAAUCGGUCUCCAACUCAACAACCCAAACGAGGUUGAUCCAAAUGGUACUGUCAAGAGUGCUGGCGUGAUGGAUUUCCGCGCAACAGACACCCAGUACAACGACCAGAUAACUUAUAACCCCGUCGUCGUCGCGAGCAACGAUGACAUUCCUUCAAAUUAUCCGAAUGCCUGGAGUCUCAAGUUGGAUAGCUGGUCGGCCACAGCCGAUGGAUGGACAGUCGGUCGCAAUACGGGUGGUGUCGCCGUGGUCGAAACGUCCAUCACAGACAUACGAUUCCCUUAUGAGGAAGCCGAGGCGUUCUACUCGAGGCUUGGCGGUGCGACUGCCACCAACUCGUCCGAUGGCACAACAUGGUCAAUCCCAUGCAAAAACUCGCUGUCUCUUACCGUCGUUUUCGGUGGAAAGUCUUACACUGUUCCAUCCGAUAAACUGGUCGAGGGCGAUACCUCUGGCACGAUGUGCACCGGGCUCGUUCGGAGCUGGGAUAAUCCCUUUAUUACCUCGUAUCUCCUGGGUCGCACUUUUGCCCAAACCGUUUACAUUGUCUAUAAUGCGAAUCGUAACGGCACAGAUACCAUUGGAUUUGCACCGCGUGGAUCUAGCACGCUCAGAGACUCGAGGAUGAGUGCUGGUGCCGUCGCUGGCAUCUCGGUUGGAGCCACGCUCGCCGUCGUCGCAGCAUUGGUCAUUGCCUUUUUGUGGUGGAGGCGUAAAAAGCGUAUGCACAAAGUCAGCAGGGAAUCAAAGGAUGGUCAGAAGCUUAUCGAGCCCUAUGAGCCGAUUCCAACUGCGACCACUCCCGGGUUUACGAUCAAUACGAGCAGCGCCAAUACGACGCGUCGUAGUAACAACUAUUUCAUCGAACAGGGCCCUAUUGGAGGAGACGCCGAUGCGCAUCAUCAGGGGGCAUUGUUAGCUGGAAUAUCACCCGAGGGUACACCACAUACUGCCAAUAGCUCUCAUCGUCGAAAGGCGGAAGAAGCAGGGUACGCGAUGCAAAACCUGUCGCUGAGAAGUCCUCGACGAGCGUCUAGUCUGCGUACGCAUACGACCACGACGGAUUUCGUGCAACAUUUGCCUCCACCGACAACACCCGGAGGAACUAGUUCGACGGGACCGUCGUCUGAUACCCGACCGUUUAGUAUGGAUGGUCAUACGAGUCACUACCCAUCUUCGCCGCAACCCAGUAGCGACGCAGUCAUCUCACGCCACGGAAGCUCAAUCGACGCCUCUGCUGCUGCUGCCGCUGCCGCCGCUGGAGGGACGGGUAUUCGACACUUUAGUAGUUCAUCGACGGUCGACCCACGCCAUCAGAGUGCCAUGACGGGACUUCUCUCGCCCACGUCAACGUCACCGCAGCACCAAAUUCACUAUCACAUCCAUCUUCCUCCUGGUGCGACGCCACCUACAUUGCCUCCGGGGAGUAUCGUGCACGAGUAUGCAAAUGAUGAGCCCGCGCCAGAGUAUACGGAGCGUCCCGAGUCGGCGCAUAGUCUUGUGCCGACAACGACACCCGCUGUUACGACGCCGCACACGGCUACAUCGGGGCAUUUCGUAUCAUGA